AUGCCAGCUACGUCUGGUGCGCCCACGAAAAAGCCAGCUGCGAACAAGCUGACCAUCAAUGCCAUGGUGGAUGACAUCAAGACGGCUGCUUCGUCCAAGGAUGAUGAGGAAGAGAACCAAUUGCGCGACAAAGGAAAAGCCGAGAAAUUCGGCAAAUUAAUGAAGGCUGGGGCAUUGCCGCUAGCUGUGGUUCACAUGUGGCAAAUCGAGUCCAAGAAAGCGCAGAGCCAACGGCAGUUCCAGACGAAUCUGAUCAAUGGACUGUUCAACAAGCAAACUGAUGGAUCCUACAAGAUGAACACGGAGUCUCACCAGUUCAAAGAGUACCAGAAGAUCUACGUCCAACACGUCGCCAAGGACAAGAAGAAGGGAAUGCCGCGGGGGAUCAUGUUGGCUUCCGUUUUCCAUGGCGACUCCAGGGCCAUGGAGGCUAGCCUUGCUAAGGGCGAGUUGCAGUCGCACAAGGACGAUGCGGGUAUGGAGUACCUAAGCUUCCGUGAGCUGCAAACCAUGGAGGUCAAGACCAACGAACGUGGUGAAACAGUUGAGGGGUUCAAGAAGCUCAAAAGCCAGGAGGCCCACACGUUGGCGGGGCUCAUGUCGAAGAUGAAGUGGGAGUGGGUCUGCAAGGAGGCUGAUCAGACUCGGCUUGAACAGGAUGCUCAUCUGCCUGAAGGGUUCCUCAAGACGCUGGCCAAGGCAGCCACGGCGUGCGACAAGUUGCUGAAAGAGGGCUUGAAGCUUUCCAAGGAAAGGGGCUUGGCGGAGAAGGAGGGAGCCCUCAAGGCUGCCUACGCCGACCUGACCAAGCACCAGAGCCAGAUUGAACACGUCAAGACUUGGAAGGAACUCCCGAACACCGAUGGCCCACUCACCAAAGGCGCCUUGGACAACUUCUUGCUUGACAUUGCCCGGGACGUUGACAAGUACAACAAAGAGAUCGAAAGCGUCAAGGGCAUCCUCAAGGCAAGGUUGUGCCGCUCGCCGUCCAUGGAGACGGCGUGCCGGUGGCAAGGCGGCCGCUUCCCCAAAUUGCGGGGCAAAGCUGCCGAGGUCAGGCACUUCGGGGCAGCUUUGCACGCUUUAUGGAAUGCUCACAUGAACCCUCAUUUGAUUCUUCAUCGCCGGAUCAACUUGAUGUUGCAGUUAAACUGCCAGCUGGAGAACAUGAUCACAGAGUACAAAGACGACUUCGCGUUCCCCCCUGGGCCUGCUGAGGACUUCGAAAACACAUGCACGACAAUGCUCCAAUUGCAAACCCAAGUUGCUGAACAUUUCUUGGAAGAAGGUAUUGCCUAUUUCGACGUGACUUCGAAAUGUCACAUGCUGCAAGAGCUCGCCAUCCUGGCUCGUCACAUCAACCCUCGGCUCAUUUGGGUGUUUUGCGGGGAAGACAUGAUGCAAAAGAUGCAACAAGUGGCGCAGAGCUGCACCAGGGGCAACACCCCGGGCCAAACCAAUUUGAAAAUGGCCCGCCACUACCGCCUCGGAUUGCAUUUCUUGUUCAAGAAACGUCACGGAUGA